AUGGAUUCACCGUCACCAUUCCCAUUAGGUCGAUACCUUGCCAAUGGCAACCGUACCGACCCUCCAUUGCUUCCCAAUGCUCCCACAACUGGCUUCAAGUUCAACCAUAUGAUGAUGAGAAUCAAAGACCCUGCUCGCUCCUUAAAUUUCUACAUCACAUUAAUGGGCAUGCGGACAGUUUUUACAAUCAAUACCGGGCCUUUCACAAUUUAUUACCUAGGAUAUCCACAAACAGAUGCCCAUCGCGCUGAUCUGAAAGCAUUUGGUGAAGAGACUGUGCCUAGGCUCGCACAUACUCUCGGACUGCUGGAAUUGUAUCAUGUCCACGGCACAGAGAACAGUCCAGGGGAGAUAUCCACUGGUAACCACCCUCCAAACCUAGGAUUCGGACACUUGGGCUUUUCCGUUCCUGAUGUUUCAUCAGCGCUGGAGCAUCUUGCAAGCCAUAGCGUGGAGGUUUUGAAACCACUCGGUGCUGCUUCCCGCUCUGAUGUUCCCUUGAGUCAGUGGGAGGCAGACCGUGGUCUUGGUGUGGGCGAGCUGCACCCUACGUAUCAGGCAGUCUUUAAGCAAAUUGCCUUUGUGAAAGACCCCGAUGGUUACAUCGUCGAGCUUGUCCCUCAGGAGAUGAACGCACUGGACCCUUGA